UUUAUUGACGACAACAUGGCGAUGCAAACCGAAAGUGCACUUAGCCGAUCUGGAAUGUGAAGUUUGAUGAUUUUAUUAGUAACUUUGUGGUAGAACAAACAUCGCACCAUGGAACCACAUCCUGACGAACAAUUCCAUCCAGGGGAUGAACAGUUAAACUGGUCAGAACAGCAUGAAAAUCUCAAAGGUACAAAGCCAAAAGGAAGAUAUAACAAAUUUUCUGAGCAUGCUAGAACCUUGAUUUCAACAGAGAAACAAUGUGCUUUAUUUUGUGGAGGAAAGAAAUGUAAAUAUUGUACAUGGGAGAAUUGGACAGAAGACAAAACAGAAAUUAAAGGACUUUACUCUAAUUGGGUAACAGACAAUAUUUUGGCAAUGGCAAGACCAUCAUCUAAAGCCAUUAAAAAGUUUGAUAUCAUAAAACAGUUUAAAGAGAAAGGUAUAACCUCAGUGAUAAGUAUACAGAAACCAGGAGAGCAUGCAGAUUGUGGAUAUGGUUUAGAGGAGAGUGGAUUUACUUAUGAUCCACAGAUGUUUAUGGAGAAUGGAAUAUAUUUUUACAAUUUUGGGUGGGAUGAUUAUGGUGUAGCAUCCUUAAGUACUAUACUGGAUAUGGUUAAAGUCAUACAGUUUGCUGUCUCAGAUGGCAAAGUUGCCAUUCAUUGCCAUGCUGGCCUUGGCAGAACUGGUGUUAUAAUUGCUUCCUACUUAGUGUUUACAAAUAGAAUUCAUGCGGAUGAUGCUAUACAGUUUGUAAGAUCAAAGAGACAUGGUGCAAUCCAGACCCGAGGACAAAUGGAAGUGAUUAGAGAAUUUGAACAGUACUUAAAGCCAUUCCGGAUUAUAUUUUCUAUAGCAGGUACAGAUAGCAGAGAAUUUAGUCUACAACAGUUCCUCAAUAGGCAGAAACAAAUACUCCAUGGAUACGAAGCAAGAAAACUUAAAUAUGUGCCAAAGGUUAUAUAUGUGGUAUGUGAAAGAUUGUUAGAACUUUCAAAAAAAGGAAACUCAUUGUCUCAAAUAAGAAAAUGUCCAAGUGUAGCUUCUUUUGACAAAAAAUUAAAUCAAAAUGGUGACAUUGAAUCAGAAAAUGGCAUCCCAAGAGUGUCUUCUCAGCCGUCAUUAGAAUCUCAAAUAAGUUCAACUUCUAGUCAUUUAAAACGCAUUGGAAGGAGAAAAAGUGUUUGUAUGGAAGACUUGCCAGAUGAAAAACUCUUAGCAUUAAAACAUAAAACUGAACGUGAACUUAGUAUAAAAUCAGAUACAGAGACUGAUGUUUUUUCUACAUUGGACAUUGUGUCUCAGAAAAGUGAUGAUCUGGAUAGUGUAUGUGACGAUUUAGGAUGUUUAUCAACAAUUGAUGUGGCAGAGGCUCUUGGUACAACUGAUGUUGAGGAAGGAAUAUACAGUGCAGCUGAUAUUUAUCAGCAAAAACUGAAUGAGAAAGAUUCAGCAUGGAAAGAUUUAGCCAAUGAACAGAACCAAUAUGUACUGGCUGAAAUAAUGUGGUCAUGGUUAGAUCAGCUUAAGGAACCUGUAUUGAAAGCACAAGAUUUAAGUGUAAUUAUGAAGACUAGUGAAAUAGAUGCUGUUCUCCAGAAAUUAGAAAGGGGUACAAGACACACCAUAGAAUACAUUAUGAAAAUCAUCUACAAACUGAAGCCUUUAGAUGAAGAUAUGUUGACCAAAAUCUAUGAAAAACUGCUUUCGUUUUUAACACACCAGUGGGUUGUUAUUGACUCCUUUAAGGACAUGUCAACUAGUUGGUCAAUGUCGACUCGGGACAGCAUGAUGGAUACAGAUACAAAGGAGCAUUGGACAGAAAUGAAAAAGAAUCAAGCAUUAGCUUUGUAUACAUUCUUUACCCGAUUACAAGAGACAAUCGACGAGAAGUUUUCAGCCCAGUCAAAUGACAAAACAGAAAACCAAAAAUGAUCAUAGUGUUUUUAGCUUUAAUUACAUUAAUUGUCUGUUAGUUAUUCAGCAGUCAAUAACACAUAUCAUUAUUUGAUUAUUGUCUUCUUAUCUUCUUUUUUUUUGUCAUUUUAUUGUUUCCUUUUUUGUUUUUAUUGUGCUUGCCAUGACAUUUGCCAACAUAGUAAGACACAUAUUUAUGAAUUUUCCAAUGGCAUAAUAUUCCAAGUAGUUGUAGCUAUCCAAACUUGUUAAGUUUUGUGAUUGUCAUCAUUCUAGAGCAUAUAUCAUGUGUGAAUCUUAUUUUCAUUUCAGUGAAAGUCACUGUUACUUAUCCUGAAAUUUCUUACCUAUAUUAUCAUAUAAGGACAAAUAUCUGUAUGUUGUGGAAUUUUUCUUAUUUUGCAGAGUCACAUAGUAAUAACUGUUAUGGUGUUAUAUUCAGUUUGACUACCUAAUUGGAAAAUUUCCAGUUUAAAUUUUGUUUCAACUUUAAAUUUUGUUUGCACAUAGUUGGUAAUUACUCAAAAAGCAUAUCUGAGUGCUAUUUAUUGCAUAAACAUUGACAAUAUUUUCAGUAAUAUUGUGUUUAAGGAACUUCAUUUUGCUGUCUAGAUGAAGGUACUGUAAAUUCAAGUGCUAGAUUAAUUAACGCAAUUACAGAAAAUAUUGGAUACAAAUUUAACCAGGAAUGAUGCUGCCAAGAGUAUCUCAAGAAACUAUGAUAUAGGCACCAACUUUUUUCUUAACAAGUCAAAUGUGCAUAGCAUUAAGAAUGCUGUACCAACUUUAUAAGGUAAAUUGACUAUCAUUUUUUUCUGUAUGUAUUUUUUUUUGUAACUAUUAAGUUGUCAAAAUCCAUUACAUGUACUGCAAGAUAAAUGCAUGAUUUAGAAUAGUUUAGAAUUGAUUGAUUAAUUCUUUGUUAAAUUACUUACAUGCCUGCAAAUUUCGAAAUAUAGAAAAUGUAGAAAUCUUUAUAUUUUUCUAUAACUUUGUAAAAAUUUGAAAUUUUAAUAUUUCCUUUCAAACAGACCAGAAUGAAACUGAAAUACAAAAGAAAAAUGUUUCAUGUAGGCAAUUUUUUUAUUGUAAAUCUUAAAAGAUCAAAUCAAAAUGAGUUAAUAUCAAAAUUUCAGGAAAAAUAAAGAAUUGAUGAUCUUUACUCUACCCUUUCCAUUGAAGGAGUACAGAAAGCUAAAAAGAUCUGAUAGUACAUUGUUACUUCUGGUUUGCUGUGCAAAACAACUGAUAGGAUUGUAUAGAUUUUAGUUUCUCAUCUUUAAUUUACUUUUGGAAAAGAAUAGAUGCUUUAGUUUUUACUUGGGCACUAACUCAGUAUUUUUCUUGAUACAUGUAGUGGUGUAAAAUAUAUUUUGGUUGCAAUUUCUGUAUUAUAUAUACUUAUGUUUAUUAGUGCUGUCAUAUAUAAGAAAUAAUAUAUUUACAUCUGUAAAAUAUUAGUCCACUUCUAGUCAGCUUCUAGUCCAAUGAUACAAUAAAAAUCUGAUAAAUCAAAACAAAAGAAAUUCUUUGGGCAUUUUAAAUGGAUCAUACUGGUAUACAUUUUUUGUUUUUUUCCUUCGAUCAGUUGGAUGCAUUAAAAAAUGGUACUAUUAUGUUUUUUUAUCCUGAUUUUAUUUAAUGGUAUAAAUAUUCCCAAAUUGAACAGAAAUAAAUUUCCUGUACAGAAAUUUUCACGUUUGCUUUUCAUAAGUUAUGGGCCUUGAUAUAUUAGAAAAUUGCACUUUAUGUCAUUUCAGUGCAAUGACUUGUGAACUGUUCAACAAAGGUUUUUAAAUUUUGAUAUGUUGUUACUGAUGGCAAAAUGGGGGUCAGGUUUGAUAUUGACCAUUUUCACUUUUACCGUUCUGGACUGGGUUGUUCAUCCUGUGGUUAAAUAUAACCCAGGUUUAAUUAUUUAACAAAUGGAUAUGGAACCAAGGGUCAAAUUCUGUUGCUCAACUUCUCUUUUACCCUUGCAUAGUUCAGUUUUCACUGACACUAGAUUUUUCAAAAUAAAAAAAAAUAUCAGCCCUUUUCUCUGGUCCUAGAAUCUGUUUUGGUCGAUAAAUGAGAUUGCUUAUUUAAAAGACAACCUUUACAGCAUAAAGAUUUAUGAAGUACAACUACAAUGCUGAUGUACAUGUACAAGAGCACCUUUUGUUUUGACACUUUAGAAGCAUUGAUUGUUGAAUUAUACUUGUUAAAGGAUACAAUACAUUAUCUUACUUAAACAUGCUUAAUUUUGCUGCAUAAUUUUUUUAUUGAAUUACAAGUAAACAGAGUAUAAAAAAAUCUUGAUUCCAUUUUGUCAAGAAGGUACAGAUUAAAUCUAGAUUAUAUCAAUACAAAAAUAGGAAAUUGCUGUAAAACGUAAAAGUCAUUUUGUGUGUUGCUAAAUUCCGCAAAAAAUAAGAGUAGGCUGUAUCAAAAUUUUAAAGUCGUUUCCAAUCUUGUUUGCACCCUUAACAAACAGGGAAUCAUAGUUUUAGGCAACAAUAUUCCUUGGUUAAAAUUUAAACAGAGGUCUAGAACAAGGUUAAUCUGAAUCUUUUAACAACUGGUUAAAUUUUAACCAAGGAAUCGAUAUUCAACCCUAGGUUUAACCAAGAAAUGAACAACAGGAUCCAAGAGUUGUGGUUUUUGAUAUAUUUGAAAAUGGCACUUUAUUGCAUUUUUGUUCCAUUUCUUAUGGACCUUUCAAUCAAUGGUUUUGAAAUUUUAAUAUGUCAAUACUAAUUACAAAAUGGAGGUCAAGUUUGAUAUUGGCAAUUUUCACCUUUGCUGUUCUAGAGUUUUGAGCCUUGAUAUAUUGGAAAAUUGCACUUUUUGUGGUUUCCGUACAAUAACUAAUGAAGCAUUCAACCAAUGCUUUUAAAAUUUUAAUAUGUUGUUACAAAUGACAAAGUAGAGGCCAAGUUUAAUAUUAAUAAUUUUCACUAUACUUGUUUAGUAGUUAUGGUCCUUGAUAAAUUGGAAAGUAGGCACAGAAGAUGACAGGUCAAACAAGCCUGAAAGCUCACAAAACCCAGUUUGCUGUCAAUUUGACAGCUCAUGUCUUGUUGAUUUUUGAAAUCAAAGUGGCCUUAUCUUACCAUUUCCUUAGAUGUAAACCUGUUUUAAAAAUUAGAUUUAAAUGGUGCAUGAGAUUUAGAUGUAGUUUUCUUAUAAAGUUUAUCAUUUUAGUUCUGUGUUAUUCUAUGUUUAUUUUCAUGUUUUGUUUUAUGUUUGUUGAUAUGUUUAAUGUUAUAAAGCUACCUGAUAUAAGUAGUUGUAACCCCUAUGGUUAGCUUGUCAGUUCUUUAUGAAUGUACAAAUACUGUGUCCAAAAAGUCAAAUCAGAUGAUUCUGUAUUAUAUGGGAAAAGCUUUAAUCAAGUAUAAUGUGAUAGAUUUAACUAAACUAGAUAAUUAUAUGUUUAAUUGACAUAAGAAUAGGAUAUAGGGUGGUUUCUGCAAUCCUUUAAGCAUAGUGUAGUAUCAUGGCAUAUGGCAGUAUUUAACAUAUAGGAUUGAUUUUCCAUUAAGACAUAUUUAACCUGUUUGAGUAUUUUUAUGUUUCAUUGCUUUUCUGCAAUAUUCUUCCAAAUACAUGGAACAGCACAAACUAUCAUCAAUCUGCAAUAGAAACUGAUAGUUUGACAAAAUUUUCUGUCCAUGUUUCUUGUCAUUUUAAAAUGGUCUUUUUAGUUCUAAAAAAUGAUGGCAGUUCCCAUUGGCGUUUCUUCAGAGUCCAUCUUAUUGUGUAUGUCUGCAUUUAAACCUCUAUUCCAUAAACUGCAUGAAAGAAUUACUUUUGAUGAUGGUUGAGCACUAUACAAUUUUUUUAUCUCAGGUUGUAUAAUGCAUACAAUGAAUACCAACUUGCAUUAAGGUUCAUUUGUGAGUAUGGUAAAUUGAAUGUCAUUUUAAUGCAGUACAGACAUUGACAGAUGUUGAUUCAAAUUUACAUUGAAAUUUUUAUUUUUUGUACUGAUAAUCUCAACUUUAACAAGUAGGCCAGAUUUCAGACGAAUUAUGUCAAUUUUGCAUACCUUCUCUGCUUCCUUGACUGACACAAUUAGGUACUAAAUGAAGAAUAAUAAUGUAAAAUUUGCAUGGAAUUGUUUCUUUCUAAGAAAGACUUAAUUCAGUAGUUAUUAGGUAAUCAAAUGAUAAAAUACUUAUAACAUGUAUAAAGCACUGAAUUUGUCAACUGUUUUAUUUUUUCAGUUAAGGUUUCAUCUGUUGUAUGAUUUAUUGUCCUAAAGCAAGCUAUAUGCUUUGAAAUGCAUCUCUAGCAGUCUAUCCCCAUAUGUUAAACCAUAGGGAACUUUAUGAUUGUGAGCUAUGUAUUUCAAGAUUACUGUAGAUUCAUUUAUUUUCGUGGGUAACAAUAUUUGUGGAUUGUAGAAAACUUGCAAUUUCAUGGAUAUUAGAGUUCAAGAUUUUGCCAAAGUCUGCAUACAUUUCUAUGGAAAAUUUGUCAAUUGUUGAACACUGAAACUCGUGGUUCCCCUAUACCGACGAAAUCCAUGAAAGUUAGUAUUCAACGAAUAAUAAUGAAUCCAAAGUACCUUUGAUUUGUUUGCAUCAGUAAUUCACUAUAGUGAUAUUUGGUAUCUUUCUUGUUGAAUUUGUUGUAUCUUUUUUUUUUUUUUUUUUUUUUGUUAGUGUUUCUUUUUCGUUGUCUAACAUGUUUUCCUUUCAAGGUUGUGUUGUGUUAUAUUAGAUCAGACUAAUUAGUUAGAUAAGGUUUUUUUCAUAUCAUUCAAUCAAUUUCUUUGCCAUUUCUUUAAUAGGUAUGCUCUAGUAUAAGGUAGUGUCAUAUGAAAUUUUCAUUGUUUCAUCUAAACUUUAAAAAUCAUGAUUGUUAAGGAAAACAUUUGCCGUCCACAAUAACACCAUUAUAUCAUUAUAUUGUAUAUUUUGGUUAAUGAUUUAAGAAUUUAUUUAUUGUACACAAAACUAUUUUCACUAAAUAAAAGUGCAUAAUUAAA